GUUUUUGUCUGCCUAUAUGGGUUUAUGUCAGUUUAGUAAACUAACCCAUUUGUUGAAUCCAUCAAUGAUAUGGUAGUUUAAGAAUAGAGAAAUCAAAACUUGACAUUUUUUCUAUACAAGGCACAUAGUCUGUACAAUUGGCAAUAUGUGGGAAGUUUGUCUAUCAAAGCCUUCAGUAGGAAAAGGAGUGAGAAGCAAUAUUAUGCAUUCUAUACAGAGAGACUGCUGUGAUUUUAUCAAAAGGUAUUGGAGAUGGAAAGAUAAACAACUGUAUGAAAGCUGUCCUGGAGAGCCUCGUAUGUGAGUCAGAGCGACUUAUAGAGGGAGAAUGGGAGAGGAGCUCUCAAGUGUCAGCAGCCUUGACAUGGGAAGAGUGCAUAGCAUGGUCUAAAGUACGCAUCAGGGGCUUCCAAGUCUCAUGACGUGUGGGUGGGAGAUAGUUGGAGAGAGGAAUUAAGAAUAAGGACUAGGUUUUAAAAGGCAGUAGACUAGGUGUGAUAUCAGCAAAGUAGGACAAACGUGUCAUUUUCUCUCCUCUUACUAUUUCUGUACAUUGGGCAGUUGACUUUUCAUUGUCUGUCAAGGAAUUGAAAGUUUUUCUAAGGUAGUACAUACUAUCACUAAACCACUAGAUGUAUUUACCUUUUAAGGAAUUAUUACUUUUAUGAAUGAAAUACAAAUUUAGAUAUGAGACCCACCAAGCUUCAUAUUUUUAAACAACUAUUCUAUUUGUUUUAACCAGUUACCCAUGGGUGUAUUGUUUCCACAAUAAAACUUUUUCUACCAGAUGGUAUGGAAGCCCGACUUCGUUCAGAUGUCAUCCAUGCUCCAUUACCGAGUCCUGUAGACAAAGUUGCUGCUAACACUCCAAGUAUGUACUCUCAGGAACUAUUCCAACUUUCUCAGUAUCUACAGGAGGCCUUACAUCGGGAACAGAUGUUGGAACAGAAGUUAGCCACCCUUCAGCGGCUACUAGCCAUCACCCAAGAGGCUUCAGAUACUAGUUGGCAGGCUUUAAUAGAUGAAGAUAGACUCUUAUCACGGUUAGAAGUUAUGGGAAACCAGUUGCAGGCAUGCUCCAAAAAUCAAACAGAAGAUAGUUUACGGAAGGAGCUGAUUGCACUGCAGGAGGAUAAACACAACUAUGAAACCACAGCCAAAGAGUCCCUGAGGCGGGUUCUUCAGGAGAAAAUCGAAGUGGUUAGAAAACUUUCCGAAGUUGAGCGAAGUCUGAGUAAUACUGAAGAUGAAUGUACCCACCUGAAAGAGAUGAAUGAGCGGACUCAGGAAGAAUUAAGAGAAUUAGCCAAUAAAUACAAUGGAGCAGUUAAUGAAAUUAAAGAUUUGUCUGAUAAAUUAAAGGUAGCAGAGGGAAAACAAGAGGAAAUCCAACAGAAGGGACAAGCUGAGAAGAAGGAAUUACAGACGAAAAUUGAUGAAAUGGAAGAAAAAGAACAAGAGCUCCAGGCAAAAAUUGAAGCUUUGCAAGCUGAUAACGACUUCACCAAUGAAAGGCUGACAGCUCUGCAAGUACGGUUAGAACACCUGCAGGAGAAAACUCUUAAAGAAUGCAGCAGCUUAGGGACACAAGUUGAUGACUUCUUACCUAAAAUAAAUGGGAGCACAGAAAAAGAGCACUUGCUUUCAAAGAGUGGCGGGGACUGCACUUUUAUUCAUCAGUUCCUAGAGUGCCAGAAGAAGCUGAUGGUCCAGGGGCAUCUAACCAAAGUGGUAGAAGAAUCAAAGCUUUCAAAAGAAAAUCAGGCAAAAGCAAAGGAAUCUGACUUAUCAGAUACGCUGAGUCCAAGCAAGGAAAAAAGCAGCGACGACACCACAGACGCCCAGAUGGAUGAGCAAGACCUAAAUGAACCCCUUGCUAAGGUGUCUCUAUUAAAAGAUGACUUACAGGGUACCCAGUCAGAAACUGAGGCCAAACAAGACAUUCAGCAUCUUCGCAAAGAAUUGGUGGAAGCCCAGGAGCUAGCUAGAACAAGUAAACAAAAAUGCUUUGAACUUCAAGCUCUUUUGGAAGAAGAACGAAAAGCCUAUCGAAAUCAAGUUGAGGAAUCAGCUAAACAAAUACAGGUUCUUCAAGUCCAGCUGCAGAAGUUACACAUGGAUAUGGAGAAUCUCCAGGAGGAAAAGGACACGGAAAUCUCCAGCACAAGAGAUAAAUUGCUUAGUGCCCAAGAUGAGAUUUUGCUCCUUCGUCAAGCAGCAGCAGAGGCUGUGUCUGAGCGGGACACUGACUUUGUUUCCUUGCAAGAAGAGCUUAAGAAGGUCAGAGCGGAGCUUGAGGGCUGGAGGAAAGCAGCAUCUGAAUACGAGAAUGAAAUCAGAAGUCUGCAGAGUAGUUUCCAGCUUCGAUGUCAGCAGUGUGAAGACCAGCAAAGAGAGGAGGCAACAAGGUUGCAAGGUGAGCUGGAGAAGUUGAAGAAGGAGUGGGAUGUACUGGAAACGGAAUGCCAUUCUCUAAAAAAGGAGAACGUGUUGUUGUCUUCAGAACUGCAGCGACAAGAGAAGGAAUUGCACAAUUCUCAGAAGCAGAGUUUUGAACUCACGAGUGACCUCAGCAUCCUUCAGAUGACUAGGAAAGAGCUGGAGAAGCAAGUGGGAUCCUUGAAAGAACAACACCUUCGGGAUGCAGCUGACUUAAAAACUCUCCUCAGUAAGGCUGAAAACCAAGCAAAGGAUGUACAGAAAGAGUAUGAAAAGACACAGACUGUUCUCUCAGAACUGAAGUUGAAGUUUGAAAUGACUGAGCAGGAAAAGCAAUCAAUCACAGAUGAGCUCAAACAGUGUAAAGACAACCUGAAGCUGCUGCGAGAGAAAGGAAAUAAUCCCUCCAUAUUACAACCUGUCCCAGCCGUUUUCAUCGGCCUAUUCCUGGCUUUCCUGUUUUGGUGUUUCGGUCCAUUGUGGUAGAGAAAGAAACCCUGGCCCUGGAUGCCCAUGUUGGCGGCCCUGGUUGCGGUGACAGCUAUGGUGCUGUAUGUACCAGGUCUGGCCAGAGCUUCUCCAUGACAGUGUGUCUUGAGUCUGUACACCGUCCUCCCUCUAGAAGCCGGCAGCACACUCAUGUUGGGGACAAGCAGAACCAUUCUCUUCCUUUUUACCUCUUAAAACAGCAAAGUGCAAGAAUACAGCUGGAGGGUCAUUGCUUUAACUUAUAUAAAAUAUAUCUGUCUAUAGAGAGGAUAUAAAGUUGUGAAUUUAUUCGGUUUUACAUGUAAUUUUUAAAUUAGUAUGUUGAGAUUCUGAAUAUUAUGGUGGCCUAAAGUAUGCGUCUUAGUGCACCAAAUUAUUUAUACCAUAAAUUUAUAGAUAUUUUACUCUGAAUUCUAAUGGCCACACAAUUCAUUUUUCUGAUUCGAUAACUACUCAAACCGAACAACCAAUACAUACAUGGGAAUAGAGGCCCUGUGUGCUCAGUGCCUAUCAGUUUGAAUAUAUACACACACACACAUAUAUAUAUUUUUUUUACAUAUUUACGCCAUUUUUACUUGUUAUAAAACCACUGAGCUAUUGGGAACAAGACUUAGACAAUUAUUUGUGUGGAUUUUUUUUUAAAGGAAAAAUACAUUUGAAAAAUAUUCUCUUAUAAUGAUUAUUUGGGGAAUACAUACAUGUUUGUUCAGCCUUAAUGUGACUUGAAGAUCUGAAGGACAUCAGCUUUGAAAACUUUCCAUGAGAGUUUGUAUUUUCUUGAGCAAACUGAAAUAUUACUGGGAGCAAAAACAUAAGUGCAUAAUUUCAAUGCAAUCAACCAAACUGUUGAGUGAAUUGGAAUGUAACUUACUAAACCUCAUGUAUUUAAGAAAUGUUUUCUUUAAAAGCCAAGUUACCUUCUCAUAUACAGCAGUUUAGAAAGCAUGAUUUUUUUUUCUGUCAUCUGUUCCUCCAAGCAUGUUUAAUUGAAGGAAGAAUUAUAUCUGUUUAGAUAAGCUUUUAUUGACUUAAUUUGGUUAUGAUGUGGAGCUAAUUCACAUUCAAGAUAAACUGAUGUUCUCUGCUAGCAGAUUUCUUGGUUGGGUAUACAAAUGGUUAUUUCUUUUUGUUGUUAAUUGGAACAGCCUGUCAAUUAGUAGCACUAUUCCCAAGAUUGGUAUUGUUCCACACACAGUGACACACCUCAGCACUGCUUGGCAUUAUACAUUUAAGCACAGAGGUUAAAGUUUAGCUGUGGUUUUGUGCAGCACCAUAGUGAUGUCANUAUCCUAAAGUAUCACAUGGUUAGGUUUUCUUCAGUCAGGGAAGACUAGAAGGGAAGGCCAGUGAAUUGGCUUGAAUGUUGUAUGAGAACACCCAGAUCUAGCCAGAUAUUGAAAAAGGAGUUUAGGAUAUAAUUUGCCUGUGAUGUUUGGCAGUCAUUGUUUUUACUUUAAAAGUUGUAUUUAAAGCUAUUUGGGAUCGUUGCCGGGAGAAUCACUAUAUUCAUGGAGGAAUUAGCCACAAAUGACUUAGAAAAUACUGUCGUAUGGUUCAUUUUGCCAUUCUCUGUUGCAGGAAGCCACCCCACCACAGAAUGCUGAUAUGCCAGUGGUACCCAGUACCUCUUGUAUAUAGUUAUUGCAAAUACUGUUAUGAAAUGCAUAACUUCAAAAUUACCUUUUUUAAAGUAAAUAAUUGUUUGAAAUCUAUUUUGUAAAGAUAAAACGUACAAUAGAAUUUCUGGAGUACAGAUUAAACUAUUUGCACUAACACACGUGAUGUGCAUGAUUUAAUAAAAUAACUUUAAUCUCCCUUUG